AUGGUACUGCUUGAUACCCUGCAGACGGUGUUCACGGAACCGAGGACAUCUCCGCAUCCUCCCCAGUCUUCACACCCUGAUGGAGCACGAAGUGUGGAUGUUCAGAGCUACGAAGUGGUGAGUCACGCUGAUGGUCCUAUUACCGCCACCGCUGAACAGCUAGCAAAACUCCGGUCUGAUCUGGAUGUUGUAAAUUCGAACAUGAAAGUGUUCCGUGAGAUGCUCACUGAGAUCAUUCCUGGACGUGAGACAGCCGACGAGUUGCAAUUGCUCAAUGAAUUACAUGCAACUUGUAAGCAAAUGCAACUACGUGUACUGGAUUUGAUUCGUAGUGUUGGAAAUGAAGAGGUGACAUACGAGCUUCUGGUCAUGAAUGACGAAUUCAAUAGCGUAUUCGAAAAGUACGAUCGAUUUAUGACGAAUCGAACUGGCGACACAAGCGGGGACGGUGCAACUGCAUCAGCUCAACAAGAAGUCGCAGAUUUGAUCGACGUGGGUCAAUCUGCAAAACCAUUGGAGCAGCAGCUCGCUGGAAUGAAGGUGACAUCAGCUUCGACUUCGGACGCAUACAGUGCCAAUAGUGAACAGCAAGCAGCCAUCGGAAUCGCAACCGCAAUCAAUAGUAAAAAUGCUGUUACCGAUGUCGAAGCGAAAGAGAUGGAGAACUGGCUGGCAGCACAAGAGAAACCUGCAAGUACUCCAAAGAAAACCGAUGAUGACAAAUUGUAG